GCAAUGCUGCGAGCCGUAAGAAGCGGCUUGCGCAGCAUGCGCUGCGUCGCUCACGCGAGCCUCAGAGCAGGGGAAGUAAAACCAUCCUCAGUCUCAGCCCUUCACCUCCACCGUGCCACGUCCCCCUUACAGUCAACUGCUCGACCCGCAGGUCAAUGGUUAAACGCAAUGGCUGCGCCAGGAAUUCGGUGCAUGAGUGCUCAGUCAACGGCUGCUGAUUUUCAGAAGGUAAAGCUGGUGGUAUCCGAACAGAUCAAUGUUCUCAAGAAGCAAGAAGAGCUGAUGAACGACUUGUACAAGCCCGAGGGCUGGACACAAAUCAAGAUUGAUGAGAUUAUGGAAGGGCGCGCAGAGGUCACCUCCCUUCUCAACUACGAGAAGCAAGUGGGGAAUGAGGUUAUCAAUGUGAUCUCGUCAUACGAACUCGUGCAAGAGAAAGGAGAGGAGGACGAUGAGGUGGAGGACGUUGAUGCGGAAGAUCAGCAGAACGGAUACGACCCACCUGUUGCUACGCUGUUCCUCGUAGGAAUUGCAAAAGAAGGGCAGAAGCUACCUCUUUUCUUUGAGUGUGUUGGAGACAGGCAUGGAUUUGAAAUUCUCCGUAUCAACGUUGGGCUGACGUACUCGGGCUUUCUGAGUGAGGAUAAUGGACAAACUGCAUUGUUGUAUCAUGCUUACAUGUGGAGGAAGCACCAGCGGGAUGGGAAACCGCAGAACGAUCCGUUUAUGGUCGACCAGGAUGUGUCCCAGGGUGGAGGAUCUCCUGAGUUGAGCGAACUUGAUGAACGUGUUCAGAAGGCGUUUGAGGAACUCUUACCUGCUCGAGGAAUCGACAGUGAUUUCAUCUCGACGCUCAUCGACAACUUGCUGGCGCAGGGCUUCUUCAACAAGAUGAAGUUCUUGCGAUCAAUGGAUGCUUGGUUGAAGCCUUAGGAGAUGGAUUCGUAUCGACAAGUGUAGCAGAAGACUUCAGGGAAGUCUAGGAUGGUGUUGACGGAAAGUCUAGGAUGAGAUUGAAGUUUUGACAGCUUUGGCUGCCUGCC